AUGUCGAUGGACGCUGAUCAUUCCUUCAGGCAAGCCGGAACCAAUCAGGCGGGGGACCACCAAAACGGUACCGGGGCGAUUGAAGCUGGCAUAGAAGUCACCUGUCGAAAGUGCUACGUAAAGGGAGUCGCUACUGCCGAGCUUACGAUUGACGGCGACUUCGACGCGGAGACGCUCGUCAACAGCACCGCCGACUCAGUCAAGACAAGUGUUCAGACCCUCACAAGCGACUUCAAAGACUAUCUAGUCAAGUCGAUAGAAGAGGUCGAACACACUUUCGACAUGAGUGAUGGGAUCGACGCAUCUGACUUCGACUUCGACUUCCCCACAUUCAAUCUUACAUUUGACCUUGACGUUCCGCCCAUCGAGGAUGCUAACUUACACUUCCAAUUCGAUGACAUGGAGCUAUACCUGGAGAUUGGAACCACUCUGAGCGCCGGUGCGACAUAUGAAAUUACCCUCUUCGCUACACAAACUCCCGUUGGGAUGAAGAUAGGACAAUACCUAAUGCUUGGCGCAGUCGUUACUGUUGAUCUAAUAUUGGCUGUAGAAGGUGCUAUCGACAUCAGUACCGGAUUUCACAUCAAGCUUGACGAUGGCGUUGCUAUUGAUCUUCCAUUGUUUGGAAACGAAGUCGCCGAUAUGACUGUCAACGGCGGUCAAUUCGAGUUCCUACCUGUCACUCUCGAAAGCGCAAGCAUAUCUAUGUCGGCAGCUCUUCGUGUUGGUGCUCACUGCGGUCUUGAGGUUAUUCCACCAGACCCACCAGCCUUCAACGUCUUCAACAUGAACUUUGAACCUCCAGCAGUAGAAGCCGGUAUUGAAGUCGCCGUCUUCGCAAACAUAGCUGAGUUCAACACCAACAUCACCUACGCUGCAGAUGACGAAGACUGCAAGCUGAAAGUCCUGCAAGAAUACAACUUUGCUGUAGGCGCCAUCGCUGGAGCCUCAGUCGCUGUCGAAUGGUUCAACGAGACCAAGACAUGGGGACCGGUGGCUGAAGCAUCUACCGCCAUCUUCACGACCACGUUGGUGGAGGUAUGUGGUAUCCAAGGCAAGCCUACUCCGGCACCCACCAUCACACCUGGACCGGAGAGACGUGAGGAUCUCACCGAAACGGUGAUAAGUACCGAAAUCACCAGAAGCGGUGUCAGCUGCAAUAUUCCUGGGCCUGCCAACUGCCCCAACGCGCAGCAAGUCUCAACUACUACUAAGUUCAUGUCCUCCAUCACGACGUCAGUAGCACCAGGCGUUGAAGCGACAUGGCCUGUCGAAGCAUCCGAUACCGUCGAAGAGACCAUUGCUUUCGGCACGCAAGCAAAGACUAUGAGAGCUGUAUCCGGUAAACCGACACCAUACGUCGCUCCACCUGACGAAGAUGGUGAUGACAAUGUACACAAUCUUGUAAAUGGCUCGACCGGAGGUGUCAGUAACAAAGUCAUCAUCGGUGUCUGCGUCGGUCUGGUUUUGCCCAUCCUGAUUGCUAUCAUCGGAGCUGUCAUCUUCUUCCGUAGGCGCAAGAGGUAUGCUGCCGUGGGCGGACCUGCGGCACCUAUGGUCGCUGAGCCUUACACCGGCCAUAACGACUAUAAGGACCGGAUUGAGGAGUCGAAGUCUCCUAACGGUGGUGUUUCGGAGAUGCACCGUUGA